CACAAGAGUUUUCAAGAUGGCGGCUUUAUAGCCAGUUGACCGGAGUACUUGCCUUAUCACCUUCUAGCAAGGACGAGGACGAAAACAGCGCCAUGGGCCUUCCAAAUCUCACUCCAGAGGAAGAGUAUCUCCUUAAAAAGUUCGCCCUGCUAAAGAAAAAGGUACCUUUCUCUUCAUAUUUCGCUUUCAUUUUGUGGCAUGCGAAGAUAAUUAUUUUCAAGUUCCUGUUUACAUUGACGUGCUGCUAUGAAAGGAGUUGUAAGGCAGUUGUGGUUUGUUUGUGGCAUUUUGAUUUUUUAUCGCAGAAGAAAGAACUGCAGAAGGCUAAAGAUAAGAAAGAAACUACAGUAACUAAACCAGGCACGAAAAGAGGUAAAAUGCGAAAUGAAUGGUGAUAAGUUAUGUACUAUGCAUUUAAGCUGAUUUUUUGUCCUGAUUAUUUCGUUAAUUAUAUUUGCUACGUCAAUACCAGACAUAAUUAUGAAACUAGAGCGUCGACUAAUAUGGAACUAUUCGUCCCUUUUUUAAUACCAAGACUGGUCAAUGUAAGUUAAUGUACAUUUCUUGCAACUGGCCCUCAGACUUUAGAGUGAUCUAGUUGGAAACAUUAGGGUUCUAAGUACCACGGUCAAUUUAAAAAUGAACUAAACUCGCCAAAAGGCGAAUUCACUGGGCUGCUUCUACUAACACUAGACAGAAAUAUUGUACUGUAUGAAAACGAAAAGUUUCCGAAAACAGACAGCCAACUGUCCAUUGAUCCUGAUCCAUGGGCCUCAUUGAUUACUCUGAGAUGAUCUUAAUUCACGGUCAAUAUAUACAGUCUGCAUGAAAACUGUUUUCAUGUUAAACGCAUUAUUUUUUCCACAAGAUAAAAGAUAUUCAGUUUCAAGAUUUUUCUCUUGGUAUUUUUUCUCUAACUUAAAAGACUAAAAUCCUUUGCAUUUUGUGACUGAAGUGGCUUUCAUCAGCACCCACUUUAACGGGAUUCCCUUGUUUUGCACUGCGCAUCUCUUACUGCGCAUAACAAGAUGGCCUGCGUAAAAAAGAGCAUGUGAAGUAACAUUAUUAAAAUGAAGUUUACUGAAGAGAAACGCUAUUGCAUUUUUUGCUUGCGGUUGUUUCUUGCCGAGGUGAGACUCAGUUUGGUGGGAAUGUGCAUAACGUAAGCAGUACGCAUGUUGCUGAGUUCGACUUCCUCACGGAGAACCUCGAUAUUGGAUGUUUAAUUUGUGCUUAUUCACUUUGAUUUUCAUUUUAAACGCUUUCUUUAUCACUUUGUGUCCUAAAUGUGGUAUCUCGAUGUAAAUUCUGUUAAAACGGAUUUUUUAAUACUUUCUUCCCCCUUUCGCAAACAUUCUAUUUUGAAACUCGCCCCAGUCCUCUCUCAAAAAUCAAGGAAAAUGCAUUUGGUGCGCACUUUCUGCAGCUCUACCACAAAAACGAGUACGGUGACCCCCAUUUUUUAUUUCAUGAUUUUAAUAAGGACAGUACUUCCUUUUGGUGAGAAAAAAAUUGGCACAAAUCUAUGUUCAGUUUUUUGGCAAUUUUACUAAAUUGUACGGAUUGAGCUAUCACGGGUCGAAUAGCGCGUGCCCAAUUUAAUUCUACUUUGGAGCGUAAAGAAAAAACAAGGGCAUUACAAGGCAUUUUUCUGGUACGUAAGUGGAUAAACAAUACAUAAAAGUCAAAUUCUGUGCGAUACCACAUGCAUCAUUGAAAAAAUCUUUCCUUUUUGUCUAGUUUUGGGCUGCGAGCGGUUUUUGUCAAAGGGUCCAAAAUACCGGUAGCGGCUUGGCGCACGCUACUGGUGUACACGAGCGUAACACCGUGCCUUAAGCACGAUUCGCGCUCAAGAAAAGGCACGGUUUUUGUGCCAAAGCACGGGAAAAAAACAUGCAAAGGCACAGAUUAGGCACACUUUAGGCACAGUUUGGGCACAGUUUUGGCACGGUUUAGGCACGGUUUGGGCACAGGCUGGGCACUUUUUUGAAAAUCUUUGUAACCCGACUUGCAAAAAAGAACAAACUUGGUACGAAUUACAAAAAUAAUUCAGAUCAAACACGAUACAGUUAGAAGUAUAGGAAGUGUAAGUUUUGAGCCGCGCCGAAAGUCUGGAAAAUUAAAGUAUUCUUCGACAGUCCGUAUUUACUCCGAGGAUAAAGUGGAAAUUCACACGCGAUAUAUGCCAGUCUGAACCUUCUCGAUUGCCAUGCAAUUUUAUAGACUCGCUUUCUUUCGUUUCUAAAAGAAAUCGUGAAAGAAAGUCGAAGCCAUAAUAACAAAAACAAAGCUAAAGAAGUGAGGCACAAAAAUAGCCAAUAAAAGUUGUAGAAAAUACUUUUUGCGAUCGCGGUAAAAUUGGCCUGAAUUUGCAUAACAACAUGAAAAGUACAGAGUGGUAAUUUGAAACCUUCAUGCCAACGCAUGUUAUUUUUAAAUACAAAAUGCGGCUGGUUUUUAAAAAUAUUUCUCUAACUAAAAAAGUAGGAUUUACACUGUAGUAAAAUAAUUCAAGCUGCUUGUUUGUUUUUGUUUUCUGGCUCUGUUAGCAAAUUAAGCUUUGAUCGUAUAAUAAUCGAUGAGACAUGCCAUUUAUUUCAUCAAAGCUCAUCGGCGUGCAAUCAAUUUUUUCGUUUUCAUUUUAUAAGUCAUAUCACAAGUAAAUUCUUUUUUGAAUGCAAAUCUGCCCUCCUGAAAAAAAAAAAAAUAUUUCGCUCCAACUAAACGCCCAUUAAGAAGGGGAGAAGAAACCUACUUGGAAAUUUUUUAACAUCGAUGAAAUUAGCAUAAUAUCAACAAUGUAAUUGCAUGCUGAGCACUUACUUUAAAUACGCUAACCUGUUUAAGAUUCCAUUUUCCUGUUUGUCGGGGCUUUCCCUGCUGUCUCUAACCGUAUUCUGAGUCAUGUUAGUUCUUAUUAUGGGACAAAAAGGUCGUCAGACCGUGUUUCUAGACUUCGUAAACCUCAAAACUGACAUAAUUGAAACCUCAAAACUGACAUAAUUGCCGGCAUGGCGCCCUUUUAUGCGCUUCUAGGCUGUGGACACGAUUUUCUGAGUGACUCAAUAUUUUGGCACAACUUGUGCACAGAUUAGGCACAGUUUGGGCACAACUUUUCCAAAGUAGGCAUGGCUUAAAUGGCAAAAAUGGUCGUUUUUUCAAAACUAAAAUGCACACUUUAUGCACAUCUUAGGCACAUUCUAGGCACAAAAUCUUUAUGCCAAAGCACACUCUAGAAUCCGAUUUUGUUAGGUUCGGUCCAACAAUGUAAAUACGGUUUACAAAUUUUCACGUUAAAAAAAUGCUGUCUAACCUUACAUAUUUGAUCUUAGCGUAAAAAUGGGUUUCCCGAAUUCUUAACAGUUAGUCUAUAAGGAAAAUUAAACUUAUGAGCAUUCCAAAAAUUAUUAUUUCUUCUCUUAACAACAACAGAAAGUCAAUGAAAAGCAAUCUUGUAUCAAAAAAAGGUCUGAACUCCAACCUCAUUUCCACCUGAAACUGUCUGAAAAUGGGCUAUUAAAUGAUCUGUUGAUCAAUGGGAACAAUAAACAAUAAUCUUGCAUCUAACUCUCAAGGAAAACAAGCAAAAAAUGUUGGUGUAUUUUACUGUUGACCAGAAGAAAAUGAUACUGAAUUUAAUGCCAGCCUUUUCGUGGGCAUGGUGUAGUGGCUUGCAUCCAUUCUAUUAGAUUAUGGUUCAUUCCACGGGCAUCCCAAGCUCACAUGACAAGAGUGGAUGUGAGUUUUUAAGUUAAUAAAUUAAAUUAUCUAUCCUCCUAUUCCUUACUUUCUAUGCUUCAGAUGCACCCGUUGAUGUUUCCCAUGCACCUGAAGAUGCCAAAGAGAUUGCCAAGAAGCUCAUUGCCUCAGGGGUAAUUUAAACCUGCACUAGUAUGACUAUGGAAAGCACCCAGGGGGGGACUCCCAUAUAAAAAUGACAUGGAGGCUCAUGGUCUCGCUUAGGGGUGUAAAUUGCAGAUUUUGGUCUCUCUUAGGGUGUUUAGGACAGAAACUAACUAUUUUUGCCCAUUUGGGUAUUGCUUAGGGCUGUGACACUGGCCACACAGAAAUCAAAUGUUGAAAAAGGAACACAACAUGCCUGGCACAACACACUCUAGCUCUUAUUUAGAUGUCUGUUUUAGUAUGGUCUCCUGUAGAGGUCAAUUUACCCUUCUACCACACCCACAUUGGGUCACAUCUCUGUCACGUUUGUAUGGGAGUCCGCCCCCCCCCCCCCCCGCCACGAGGGAAAAACAACACAACUGUAUCAUUGAUUGGCCUGUUUUACUUCUGUCAGGCAUCAAGUUUGAAUAGAUUAUUGUUCCAAUCAAAUAAACCAAAAUGCAUUGAUCAAGAAACCCUGGGAAGACGCUGUACAGGGACUAGGCAACGGAAAACCUAAUGAUUUUAAUAAGUAUUAGAGAAUAAUAGGCGUGAAAGCACCAAAUAAGUGAAAGGCCUGAGUGAGCCAGGGUAUGAAAAAAUAAUUAUUGCUUUCUUGUUUAGCCCAGGAUAAGGAGAAUGAUCUGUUGGACUUCUCUGUUUCCACCACAUAAUAAUAAAGGGCUCCAUGCAGAAAGCACCAUACCCCUACAAAAAGGAAAUGAGAGGGCCAGGAGUUGUUUUUCAUAGAAUUUGGAAGCCUUUUUAAAAUGGUCAUAGCCACCUGCCUCUUUAUGAUAGCCCUGUUGCUAUGAUCUAAAUUACAAUCCAGAAAGUUUCAAAUAUAUCAAGUUAAUAACUAGUAUUAUGUACAAUAUUAACAGGCAAAGAGAGUGAAGGAACUAGACUGCUGUGUACAGCAGGAACUGAUAUCGUCUUUGUAUAUACAGUACCCUUGAUUCCACACCAAGUGUGUGAAUCCUUAUCAUGAUUCAAGUGCCCCUAACUGGGCUUCAUUUCAGGGUUAUUACAAAUUUAAGGCCAAAACCAACAGUUAUCUGAAAUUGUAUUAGUUUUUUUCAGGAGGUGAAGAUUAAAAAGGAUCCUGUUCACAGAGAAUUUAAAAGAGCAAAAGGCAGUGAAAGGAGGCCAAAGGUAGACAUAGUUAUUAUCAACUGCUGUCCUGGCAUUGCCAAUGUUGUCUUUGGCAUUACAUCUGUACUAUUAUCUAGAAUGACCAUAAACUGCCAAUUGUGAGCCCUGGGCUUAUAUACAACUUCUCGAGGGGUUUGAGGAGGGCUUAUGUACAGAUAGCCUGCGAAAACAACCGUUUCUCCUUGCUCCUUCCGCUGGGGACGUUUCGCACGGAGGAACAUCUGCAACUCAGCAACAGAAAUUCCAUACUGAUGACGCAAAUCAAUGUUUAUAUAAUAGAUCCGGUAGUCAUUGGGCUCCAAAUACAAAUUUGUCCAAUUUUACGUGUUUUCUGGUCGAUUUUGGUAAAGUGUUGUGUUCAUCUGCCAAUGAGCUCCAGCAAAUCUCAAAUGCUUCUUCUAGAGAAGACUAUGUUCCACAAACAUUGACUGUUUUGUUAGAGAUUCUGCGCAUUUACAUCUGACCUUUGUGGCCUUUUGUCUUUUGUCUGUCAUUCGUAAACAAUGGCUAAAACAAUGUAACUACUCUGUCGACCAAUCAGCUCUUCUGACCAGAUUCCGAACAGAUAUUACGUCAUCAGUAUGGAAUUUCUGUCGCUGAGUCACAGACGUUCCUCCACGCGAAACGUCCCCAGUGGCGAAGAGCGAGGAGAAACGGAUGUUUUUGCAGGCUAAUAAACAGAGGGGGUACAUUAACUAGCUAGUGGAGCAAAUUUCUGAUAGUGUAGCUCAUAGAUUCACAAGGGUACCAUUCUGCUUAACGCACUAAACUUCUAAAACUACUAUUAAAUAUAGUAGUCUCCAUCCUAUCGUAAACAAUUUCUUAAUAACCAUCAUCAAUUUUAUUAACUAUUCAACCUUGAUUGUGGUUUUUCAUUAAUUUGUUCUUUUCUUCAGACAGAUUUCCAGCAACAACAACUACCUUCUUCUAACAGAAAUGAACAGCAGGUAACACCACUGCAUCUUGUUCUUUGCUGGUUAUCAAAGACAAACCUGACUUGAAUGAAAUAAAUAAAAUUAUCGUAGAACUUCAUCUUGCACUGAUAGUAAGGCCAAGCAUUUUGAAUUGGAUCCAAUUUUUUAUCCUCAAUGGAGAUCAAAUUUUGAUUUUCAUUGUAAAACCGUUACUGGAUCGUUACGUUUUUAAGUAACUCCAAAUUUUGUCUUAAUAAAAGUCCUUUUCAGGGGCCCUCAAGUAGAUCUUUCUGUAAGAAGGGUGAGUUCUGUUGUUUACUAAGCAAAAAGGCUUUUAAGUUUUACUAAACAGCAGUCUAUAUUGUGGGAAAAAAAUUGCAAACUGGGACUAAUUUUCUUCUUAUAAACUUGGUGAAAACACAUCUCUAUUAAGUUGGAAACUGUUUUUGUAAGAAAAUUGCUUUCUAGCUGGUCGAUUCAAAUUGCCACCUGCCCAAAUUAUUGUUCUACACCCUAACUUGUACAAUUAUUUUUGAUGGAAAUCACCAAUUUUUGGGGGUUGUAUAGAAUAUUGAAUUGUAAACUGAACCUUGUUAUUUUUCUCUAACUAAUAGUCACAUGCAGCAGCAAUGAAGAAUCUGUAUGAAAGGUAACUGACAAAGAAGUGUAAAUUUUAUAACACUGUUUACUCAUAAUUACUCUGUAACAAGGAUUAUGCUGGGAACAACUACAUUUUAGAGUGUGGUAAUACAAUUUUUAAAUGUUAUUUCUAAGCAACCAACCGAGACAUUUGUGGUAACCAGGCCAUGUUUGAUCAUGAGAAUAGUUGAGGAAACAUUCUUGUUUUUUGUACUCCUGGAGACGUUACAGUGUUCUUGCUCGAAAGAGCAAACAAAUAAGUGAAUGCCCUUUAUAAUUAAUUCUGUUAUUUAUUUAUUUUUUUUUUAAUAGCUUUGUGCCUGCCUCUUCCACGCAGAACAGACGAUUUUCUGAAGGUAUAAUUAUUUUAUAAUUAUUAUUAAUUAUAAUAUAUACAUUUAUAUUGAUAAUUAUAUUAUAUAUAAUUAUUGAUUAUAAUUAUUAAUUAUUAUGUCACAUAUAUUUAUAAGCAUUUUCUUAAAUAUCAGAGCCAAUCUCGAUGAGAGAAGUUCAAUUUUUCAAAUUGUUUUUUUAGGGCAGGGCUCCAGAAGAAGUUGGUCAGAUGAACCAAGAAAGGUAUGACUGCAAUAUUGCAUUGAAAUGUAUUAAAACUGUACUCUAAACUUACAUUAUUACUCUGCUCUCAAAAUGCAAACUUGUAAUCAAACAGUGAGGUGUGAUGAACCCCCUGAAGUUUAAAGGGACUGGCACUUAUUAGUUUUUCCUCUAGUUUUGCGUUCAGUUUUUCAAAGCUAGUACUCUAUGUAAGUUGAAAUUUCUUAUUGGCUCUUUUCUUGUUACAAGAGACUUUCCUCAUCGCUCUUUGGUUUUGCCCUGUUAGUAAAGACAAACGCAUCAAAAUAAGCCCCUUAUAGUAACCUGUUUGAGAUGCCUGUACCCUUUGCACACGUAAAUUUAGUUUCACGUUUAUUAUUUUUCAGGGCUCACACAGUCUUGAAAAGGUCCUUGAAUUUUAGGGGAAGUCCUACCCUGGGCACCAGAGGUUUUUCUCGCGCGCGGCGGAAAUUUUCGGUGGUGGCCGAAGGCCGACACAUCUUCGUCCGUAGGCCGAAACCGGAAACCGCGCUAGAAAAGUCUCCGGCACCCAGGGUAGGGAAGUCCAUGAAAAGUCCGUUAAUUUUCUUCAACUUUGAAUGUAGUAGCUUGAAAAGUGUUUUAAUUGCUUUUUGGUUGUCCAAGACAGAAUAUAAAUCAUAGCGCGGAGAACUUAGAGGUGAUUUGGAUAAAGCGUUUUUUUUGUUUUAUGCAAUAACUAACUAUCAAUUUGAGACAAGUGUCUAAAAAAUGUUGAGAAGUUGGUGGAUAAAACAGUUCAAACCUUUAAGCCCUGUUAGGAUGGACUGAGAAUGUGCAUUUGUGUACAAUCUGUUAAAUUACUUUCCUGGUAGGUGGUCUUGAAAAUCAAAUGUGGUCCUUGAAACAGUCCUUGAAGAGUCCUUAAAAAACGGUUGCAUUUUUUGUUUGAGACCUGUUUUUACGAAAAAUAGUGAACUACGAAUGCCCACAACUUCAUUUGCAUUCUACGCAAGAAGAUUUCUAUUCGUUGUUUCGCGAGAGAUUAGUGACCAGAGAAGCUUUUGUUUUUCUCAACUCGGAGUUCGAGACUCGAGACUUGCGCAAGUGAUUCUUAACUUACAGAGUAGAGUGCUUGUCAAUCUACUUCACUGUUCAAAGUAACCGCUUAGGAGCGGGGCUUAAUCGAGGCUGCUAGCGCAAAUAGAGGGAAAUAUGGUACAUGUAGAUAGAUGUAGAUGCAGAUGUAGAUAGUGCUGAAUACACUGACCAUUUGUUUCUUUAUACUUUAUAUAAUUUUAAAGAUAGUUGUCUUUAAUGUAUAACAUGUCGCUUACAAAGUUUAUUCUUACAGGGUAAUACAAUCUUUGUUAAAGGAUAUGGUUUAACGGAAAAAAUUCUUCAGGAAUCAUUUACUAAAUUUGGUGAGUUGACAGGUCACUUGCACAGGACGUGUUCUGUAGCUUUAGUUAUUAAGACAUUACAUAAGAGUGAUUGGGAGUUCAUUGGGUGAUAUCUUACGAACAAAAUCUUUGUUUGGUCUCACAAGCACGAGCGUUGGGGUUCACCCGUAAAUUUUGAAGAAGGCGAUGGACGCCAAACGCUCGCCCCUAAGCUUUGGGUGUGAACCUAGUUCUGAACCAGAAAUGUGGAAUACCGUGACAUAACUCCUUUAAAAUGUCCUUUUUGCACAUUUCAGGGAAAGUCCAGCGAGUCAACUAUGAAAAGGACAGAAGGUAAUGUUAGUUUCUGCAAGCUCACACAGACUGGAGUGUGGUCGUGCGUUCAUCUAGUUAGUCCCGCUUGCGUAAGCAGCGAGACUCAAUCUGCAACGCGUUUUUCUUCGUAUUUAGGACACAAAAGCGUUGCUAGAGGAGAACGUGGAAACUGGGAAUAAGAAUCGUUGCGCGAUCGAAGACACGCAUGUUUUUUGAAGAAAGCUUAGGAAAGAUUUAAUUUAAAGCUUCUUCGAAACGUGUCGGUCCACGAAUGCUAUCGCUUCAAAACGUUGAUUACUUUGGAACAAGUGAACAUCACUGAGUGGUCGGAAAAAAAAAAUAAGAAUCUUAAUUAGCAAAACUGCGAUGGUCGGUUGUUGUAAACUUUCAUUGUAUACAAAUGAGUCUUGUGAUGAGCAUGCGGUUUAUUUUCGGCGAUGAUUGAAAUGACGUGCCAUGUAAAUCACUUCUUUGAUCUCUGGCAAUGAUCUAAUUUCUCUGGAAUCGAGGCCCUUGAAUUUUCGUGUAUUUAGACACGCGUAUAGCCUGCGACCGCAGACGUAUUUGCGGUCGUCGCUAACACGCGUAUCAAAUCAAUUCAGAAACAAAUAAAAAGUAUCGACGACGAUAAAUUCGGAAGUAAAAAAUCUCUAGCGAGUAAAUCCUGUUUCGUGUAGAAUUAAUCGCCUCCUCAUUUCUCGAUCUAAUCUCCAAGCAAGCGAGACUGAACGCGGCGGUAAGAGCGCUCUUGUUUUCCAAAAUAUUAUAUCACUCAUAAUGAGCAUUAAACAAAACGAAUCCCAAAUUUUAUAUUAUCAAGAAAUGCUCAAAGAACAAAUAGUACCUCAUCAAAGUACUGCGGCAGAUGUUUCAUUUGAUUGGUCACACCAUGAGAAUUUCAUCCACAGACUCAAAAGUUAGAACUACAUUCUAAUUAUGUGGUAAAACGUGAAAGUACGGUUAAAGAAGUUUCAUUUGCAAGGCCACAUCAUAGAUAUCAUUCACCACUCUGGAUGUGUAAGGCAUAAGGAACGCUCUGCAAAAGCUGAUGCAGUUUGAACGUUUCGGAUCACUUAUCUCUUUGUGUUUCUAGAAAUAGUAUUUAACAUCCCUUCAAUUUAGAGCGAUAUUUAUCUUUCCUUGAAAGAAGCAAGGGUUAAAUGUUAUUCGGCUGAUUCUCACUAAACUAAACACUAAAUAGUGGAUAUACAUUUUUGUAAGGUGGCUGAAGAUACGUUCAAGGAGUCAAGGAAUUCCUAGAGUAGAGAAAAAGUCUUCUUAAGUUCGUUCUGCGUGCCUUAAACAGUUUUACUACACAGUCAACAGCAUAUCCGUUUUUCUCCACAGCCAAGGAUUUGUGACUUUUGAAUCUUUCGACGCCGCAGAAAAUGCUAUCGAAGAGGUGUGCUUCUAUUUUAAGAACUAAUGUAGUAGACAUAUGGAUAGUAUAAGAAAAUAUUAAAACAAAAAGUGCUAACUUCUAUAAACCAAAGUUAAGUUGCCAAAAUUGAAAGCCAUUGCUAAAGUUUGGCUCUGUCUUAAUCACACGCCGCGCAGAUAAUAUCGUCCUUCAAAAAUAUCCAAUUUAUCAGAACCACCCAAGAUGUGCACUUUAAACUUUUGGCGCGUUUCCCUGAACCUGACACCUUUUCCCCUCUUUUCCACAAAUUACAGCAUUUGCACCUUUUUUCCGCCCUCCACACCCUUCAGUUGUCGGUUUUCCGGCUUUAAUACUGUCGCCGCUCGUUUUUCGAGUUUGAUAAGUGCUAGACUUUUCCCUCCAGUCAGCGACUGAUGUGAACUUUCGCUUGGCAAUUUCCGCAAGUGCCCUGACUUGCUCACCUUGCGUCAUUACUAAAUAUUUUGUUAGAAAGAUGCCUUUAAAGGGAAAAUUAAAGUAAAAUUUCAUUGAUAAGCUUUCUCUGCUCUUCUCAGAUGAAUGGUAUGAUGGUAUCUGGUGUUCAUAUCAAGGUGGUUCUCGCGAGGAGGCAAACAAACAUGGGUGACUCACAUUUUCGUUCCAGACCCGGGUUGGGAAGCAGAGGUAAGUGCCGUAUAGAAACAAUUACUAUCAGGUAGAUUUUUUUCUCCCGUAUAGGUCAGAAAAAAGUCAGGGAAUUGCUUGUAGAACGUCAGGGAAAUUUCUUAGUUCUUAGCUAGUCAUUGAAAAGUCUAGCUUCAGAAAAAAGCCGACAUUUCGCUUCGUCACCACUCGUUUUCCGCGAAAUGAUUCUGAGGAAAGAGCGCAAAAAUUCCAUACUGAUGACUUGUCACUACCCAGAGUUGGGUAGUGCUCCUGAUUGGUCGUGCCGCGGGAAAUAUUCGCUUCAACCAAUCAGAAGCACUACCCAGCUCUGGGUAGUGUCGCGUCAUUAGUAAUGGGAUUUUUUUCGAUAGUGCUUCUGAUUGGUUGAAGCAAAAUUCCCGCGGCACGACCAAUCAGAAGCGCUACCCAGAUCUGGAUAGUGACACGUCAUCAGUAUGGAAUUUCUUCGCUUGUUUCUCUGACGUCAUUUCGCGGGUGGCGCCUCGAAAUGUCUGUUUUCUCAGGCUAUGAAAAGUCGGGGAAAUUCUGCCUAGUCCCUAGGCCUCAUUAUUCCGCGGGGACGAAGCGUUUCGGGUCACGUGGUCCAAGUGAAAAUACGUCACGGAAGUGAAUUGACCGAGAGGGACUGGGAAAACACCGUACUGAGACUAGGCAAAGGAAAAUUUAUUUCGAGUCACCCACAUGCUUUCUUGAGGAUUAUAAACUCAAGACAUUUUCAUCCAGAAAAACUAGUCUACAUUGGAUUGAUUUUUAUACUACAGGGAACAAAACGAAAAUGGAAAUAAAGGAAAAAUUGUUAUUUCGCGCAAAAGAAGUUACGUGAAUGUGAAAGUAUACAAGGUCUGUGAUAAUUGCGUGAGGGACAGUCAAGAAUUUGUUUUUAGUUCCAGUGAAAGGCAACCCCGUCCUUUUGUCCGCCUUGUCCCUUACUAUCAAGGGAGAGCACCUAUUAAGUGCAAAUCUUUUUCAUUUUGCAGAUUCAAGAGGGCAUAGCUCUGGUCUUCAGUCGCGAGAAGGAAGGGAACUUAUUUCAUAUGAUGAUAUAUGAACAAAUUCCUGAACGUGAAGGUCCUUGGCCAGGAGAGAUUUUCAUUUCCUGUGGAGAGUUAAACAAGAGUAGAAAUUUUUCCUUGUAAUUAAAGCUCACAGAUCAUUGUUGGUAUUGCUAAUACAAGCUGUUUCCAACUCAGCGGCGAAAAUGUACUGAGUGCGAGCUGUGUACGGAAGGUCCUUUUGAUUUAUAAAUUCGAUCACCGUCGAUUACUCCGCUUUCUUUUGCCCCACACAAGUGAAAAAUUGAAUACAGUCGACUCUAUUUUAACGGACUCCUUCAUAACACAGUCACCUGGCACCAGUUGCUCAACAGCUGGGAAGCGUUUUCCACAGGGUAAACCACUGACGAUCUUUAGAUUUGAUUACGAUUAGGAGAUCGAGUACGAAUACAAUCUCGGAAUGCCAAGCCAGUUCUGUUCCCAGAACUUAUUCCUGUUGCUCAGAGCAGAUAUAGAAACUGAUAUGAUGAGAGACUUACAAGAUGAGACCCUUGCUGUGAUGAGACAAGUGUUAAUGGUUAAGCCCGAACACGUAAAUUGAGUCUUUUACUGGUAAUCACCUUCCUUGUAGGCAUCUGUGUUUGUCUUGAGAUAACAGAGAGCUUAAGCAACAACGACGGCAAUGGCUACAAAAACGUC